AUGCGCGAAUUCGAAGUUGCGACAUCUGCUCAUUCUCGUCCCCCUCUCUCCACCCCUGGCCUCUCACUCUCCUCCCUGCCGGCCGCGUCCUUCUGUCCCCUUACUUUACACCCCUCCCCCUUUGUCCAAUACGUGCAGCCCCCGCGCGGCAUAACGAGUGCGGAUGCCGCCACGAACCCCACCUUUUACAACUGGCACCUCGUGCGCCCCAUCUACUGCGACGGGGGGGGCUUCGCGGGGCGCGCGGGGUACAAGGCGGCGGGCAACGGCAGCGAGGGCGUGCACCUCGACGGCUGGCGCAUCAUCCACGCCAUUCUAGGUGAUUUGCGCGCGAGCAGGGGCAUGACGGCGCCAGCGCGCAUUCUACUGUCGGGCAGCUCGGCGGGCGGGCAGGCGGUGGUGACGCUGUGCGACUGGCUGCCGCUGCUCUUCCCGCGCGCGCUCGUCAAGUGCAUCAUGGACGCCGGGCUCUUCGUGGCCAUGACCCCGGCCAACCAGUGGCAGUGCUUCUUCCCACACCAGGCUCUGCGCUUCGUGUCAUCGCCCGUGCUGGCGGUGAAUUCCCUGUUUGACUACCGCGCGCUCAUGCUGGGCAACCAGCUGCCCGCCAACCAGGCGCAGGCCACGGCGUGCCUGCGGCAGAUCGCCAAGGAGGGCGGCACCGACCUGCUCAAGCUCGUCAACAGCCAGACCUGGCGCCAGGAUAGGUCCGCGCUCGCGGAGAUUCAGUCAGGGGGGGCGUUGUUUCCUGGAGGUGCAGCAGCAGCUGAAGCGCCCGUGUGCGCGCCUGAGGAGCACAGGGCGGUGCUGAAUGUGGCGUGGCAGAUGAUUCAAUACACCGAUGCUGCUUCCCUCGAGCUCGGACCCACCGUUAGCACGUUUGUCACGCCUGCAAUCGCGCACUGCGCACUGACCAGCCCAAAAUGGGACUCACUGAUGGACAAAGGCGUGACGCUUAGAGAUGCUGUCACAACAUGGUAUAAACGGCCCCUUUGA